AUGGGGAAUCAGCGGAGAAUGGGCUCACACCGCCUACCGGUCUCUACUCUCGCCAGCCCCCUCUACCAGCGAAUGCUCCAGCUGGAGACCCUGAGCUCCCUCCGCCAACGAGGGACCGAGCUGAGGGAGUUUGCCAUGGAGUUCAGGAAUGCGGCAGAGGGGCUGGGCUACAAUGACUCUGCGCUAAAGGACUUAUUAAAUUAUGCCCUUGAUGAGCCCAUUAGCCCCUGGAGCAUGCUAGGAUGCAAUCACGUAUCCUUCGAGGGGUUUGUGGAGUUCCUGGCACGUUCUUCAGCUAAGGGGGCUGCAGCGCCUCCCGUGAUGGCCGACAAGGCUGCAGCGCCCCCAAAGGUGGCCGACGAAGCUGCCGCGCCCCCAGUGGUGGCCGAAGAGGUUGCAGCGCCCCCAGAGGCGGCUGAUGAAACUGCAGCGCUCCCGGUGGUGGCCGAAGAGGUUGCAGCGCCCCCAGAGGCGGCCGAUGAAGCUGCAGCGCCCCGGGUGGUGGCCGAAGAGGUUGCAGCGCCCCCAGAGGCGGCUGAUGAAGCUGCAGCGCUCCCGGUGGUGGCUGAAGAGGUUGCAGCGCCCCCAGAGGCGGCCGAUAAAGCUGCAGCGCCCCCGGUGGUGGCCGAAGGGGUUGCAGCGCCCCCAGAGGCGGCAGACGAAGCUGCAGUGCCACCCUCUCGGAAACGGAGGAGGAGGAAAAAGGCUUCUUCCGUCCUUCAAGGCCGGGAGGCCUCCCUAGAGCCCGGUGCCCUGCCGGCGCCGCCCAAGCUCCUUGCCCUGCCAUGUCUGGGCCUUCAGCAUGCUGAAGCGGCGCUCGUGAAUGAGUCAUGCGUCUAUUGUGGGAGUAUGAACAUGGCAUUGCUGCGAUCGUGUCUCUCUCUCCUCAAGGGCAGUGGAGCAGACCCCUCUGUCACUACCCGUCCCGGUUUCUCUGCCACGAACAGAGGACCGCCGGUUAGUGCUCUGGGAGAUUUGAGGGUGACAGUGAGAGCUUCUCCGCCGGGCCACGCCCCAUGGACCUCUCACUCCUCCCGCAGCACAUGUCCUGUGCGGCCGCCGGAUGAUUCUGCUGGUAGACACUACCACUCAGGCUAG